CCCCGCCUUGUUUUUGAACAUUUAAGCUAUCUGGUACUUGCUGCCGAUUCUGUGUCUUGAAGAUUUCCCCAGCAAACGCCCUGGGUCACUAGAAGCUUCCCUGCACCAACUAUCUCUUACAUUGGUCUCUUUUAGAGUUCUUUCGUGUCAAUUUCUUUAUAAACAGUCAAUAUGUCCUCGGGCAAUAAUGCCUCCCGGACUGGGAUUGAAGACAUUGCACAGCGCAGAGAAAAGGCCGGCAAGUUUGUUGCUGGCCUUGCUGCCGUCUCCAAUAGUGACAUGUUCAAGGGCGAUCAAACCGGCAAGCCCAAGGCUAAACGAUGGGACCAUCAUCUCACCGAAGAGGCCAAGGCCCGCGUCCCUUGCACUCUCAAGCAGGCCGCCAGAUUUCUCAAACAGCCUGGAAUCAUCUCACUCGGCGGCGGUCUGCCCUCCAGCGCUGUAUUCCCAUUUGAAUCCAUCUCUAUGAAGGUGCCCACAGUACCCAACUUCUCCGAGGCCGAUACCGCUACCUCGGGCACCACCGUCACUGUGGGCAAAUACGACGCCCGCGACGGCAUUGGCAACUACGAUCUCUCCAUUGCCCUCAAUUACGGCCAGUCUACCGGCGGCGCGCAAAUGAUGCGCUUUCUUACAGAGCACGCCGAGAUGAUUUGUAACCCACCGUACGCAGACUGGGGCGUGUGUCAGACGAUUGGUAGCACUGGAGCACUCGAUGCCGCCCUGCGCAUGUUUUGCGAAAAGAAUCGUGGUGACGCUGUCAUAACUGAUGAAUUCAGCUUCUCUACCGCUCUCGAAGCCAUUGAUCCCCUCGGUAUCAAGGCCGUAGGCGUCUCGGUCGAUAACCAAGGCAUUCUCCCGGAGGCUAUGGACGAACUCCUCAGUAACUGGGACGCCAAGGCCCGCGGCUCGCGCAAGCCUCAUGUUCUAUACACUGUCCCGUCGGGUCAGAAUCCUACCGGCGCUACACAGAGCUUGGAGCGUCGCCAGGCUAUCUACAAGGUCGCCCAGAAGCAUGACAUCUACAUUCUCGAGGACGAGCCGUACUACUUUUUGCAGAUGGAGCCGUACAAGUCCACUACCAGCAAAGCUCCUUCGGAUGUGAAAGAGUUUAUUGAGUCUUUAGUUCCUACCUAUGUCGGUUUGGAUGUGGAUGGUCGCGUUAUGCGUCUUGAUUCCUUCUCCAAGGUCUUGAUCCCCGGCUCGCGUCACGGCUGGAUUGUCGCCUCGGAGCAGAUUAUCGAAAGAUACCAGCGCCACGCCGAAGUCGCUAGCCAGGGUCCCAACGGUAUCUCCCAGGUCCUCCUACACAGGCUCCUCGAUGAGACUUGGGGUCAUGAGGGAUACCUUCGCUGGCUGAUGGACUUGCGCUCCGUCUAUACAGUUAAACGUGAUGCCCUUCUCGCGGCCUGUGAGAAGCAUCUGCCCUCUGAUCUAAUUACCUGGACGCCACCUGCUGCAGGAAUGUUUCUGUGGUUGACGGUCGAUUACUCCAAGCACCCCGACGCUGGUGCACGCUCUAUUGAAGAGGUUGAGGAAGAGAUUUUCGACUUGGCUAUUAAGAGUGGUGUGCUGGUCGCGAGAGGAUCAUGGUUCCGUGCAGAAAAAGAUAAGCCCCUAAGCGGUCUCUACUUUAGAACCACGUUUGCGACUGCUACGGCAGAAGGUAUGGAUGAGGCGAUUUCACGCUUUGGCAAGGCCGUCCAGGACAGCUUUGGCUGCAAGUAGAUGAAGGCAUUUCACAAUCUUAAAGAGUUGGACGUAAUAGCGGACGAUUAAAGUAAUAAAGAGAAGUCAUUGUCAAUAUUAUAAAAAAGUAUAUACAUGUAUAUAUGCCGUAACAACCCUAAACUACGAGGGCCGGCGGAUGGAACCAAAUAUAAACGCCAAGAUGGGAAGGGUGGAGAGACGCCAUAUAACAAAAAGAACGAGAGGGGUGAGGGAUCGCGGUCAACGCACACCACCAAAGAAAAGGACAAUCAUAUUCUCAUUAGACCGGGGUAGGCUCGAGGAAAGACACAUAUACACCCUGAGCAGGAGCAAGGACAAUCUCGGACUUGAGCUUGGGGUUGCCGCCGUCAAUGGGGUGCAUGUGUGUUGUGACGCUCUCGAAGCGCUGGAAGAGGCGACAGAGCGUGUACGCCAUCUCGGUGAGGGCAAACUGCUGGCCAAUGCAGAUGCGAGGGCCGGCAUUGAAGGGAAUGUACUCAAACGACUUGGGGUGCCAGUUGGUCCAGCGCUCCGGGCUCCAUUCCUCAAUGUCGGCGAAGCCCUCGGAGACCGACGGGUAGAUGUCGCUGCGGCGCUGCAUCAUCAGCGUAGAGUAGGCAAUGGGUGUGCCUUCAAGCACGCUGAUGGGGUCGGUUCCGUUAGGACCGCCACCGGUGGGCAGUGUGGUGUCCUUGAGGGCACGGCGGACGUUGAAGGGAACCACAGGGUACAGACGGAGGGUCUCGUUGAUGACGUUCUUGAGGUAGCUCAUGUUCUUGAGGUUGGCAUACGUGGGCAGCUCGUCGGGACCAAGAGUAUCGAGAAUCUCCUGGCGCAACUUGGUAACGGCAUCAGGGUGGCGGGCCAGCUCGUAGAUGGCCCAGGACAGGGUGCAGGCGGUGGUAUCGCGGCCUGCGAGGAGGACGGCGAUAAUUUGGUCACGAAGCACCUUGGGAUCGCGGGUGAAGCCGGCCAAGGCAUGCAGGAAACUAUAGUCUUUUUCGGAGGCGGCGGUCUUUUCGAGUUCUUGGGGUGUCAGGACGAGGGCCUUUUCGAUGAAGAAGUUGACAAAGUUGUUGAUGGUCUUGAGGCCGGCAAAGAAGUUGCCCUUGGGGAAGAUGUGGCGCAGGUUGCCACCGCGGGAGAGCAUGUUUUGGAUUCGUUGGACGUCGUUGAAGGCUUCGGCAAAUUCUUGCUUGACGGUUCUGUGAAGAAGAGUUAGUAAAUGGGCAAAUUGUAUUCCAUAGAUGGGUUGGUUGAAGUGGUGUUGGUGAAGUGAACGUACGUGAGAGACUGGACGUCGUUUCCAAGGAGGAAUUCCGUAGCAACAUCCAAGGUGUAGCGGAAGAAGAUUUCAGACAUGUCGACGACUCGGCCAUUAGCAGCAGCCAUAUUAACAGGCUGAUCAGGCCCGUUGAGGGCGCCACCGUUGGCAAUGACCUUGAAGAGGGUCUGCAUGUGGGACUCGAAGCACUCAAGAUCGCUUACACGGUCACGAGUGAACUGGGGGCGGAUAAGCUGUCGACUAGCAUGCCAUUGAUCGCCGUCGGUAGUAAAGAUGCUGUCACCGAGAAAGUCCUUCCACUCCUCGUGGAAGUCCUUGCCUUUGCCGUACUCGCUGAACUGAGUGGCGAGGAUGGCCUUGAUGUUGUCGGGGUGGCUGGUGAAGAUGAUGCGGCGGAAAGCAACACUGCUCUCUGCAGUACCGUGGGGACUAUUCUUGAAGAGGUAGUCGUUCCAAAAUUCAAUGUUAAGGUGCUUGUCCGCUGCGGCCAUGCCUUCACGGACAAGAUCGAGGCCAAGAGGAGCCCAUGACGGGACAGCGACGGCACGCUUGCCACCCAGUCGCUUGAGCUUGGCACGGGUGAUGAUUGGGGAGAGGAUGAUUCUGGCACCAAAGGCAAAGACGAGGAAGCCAGCAAUUGUUUUGAUGGAGACGUGCUCCAGAAGGGUUUCAAUGAGACCCAUGGUGUAGGGGUUUGUCGAAGCUUGUGUUCGAGUGUGUAUGUGUAUGGUCGUUCGAUGUUGAUUUAAGAGCGUCGAAGAAGGUAGACUACAUUAGGGUCUCUAAAUAUUCGAUAGACACUAGCAAAUACCAAAGUCCGCUAGAAGAAAAAAAGGGCAUCGUGGGAUUCUUAUGCAAAAUGUGAGGUGGUGGGAGCGGACGGUGGAGGAACGGACGGCCGGGGUAAACAGCUCCGUUUUGCUCUGCUUUGGGUUACAGCGGGGAGGGGGGCUUAGUGUGGCAGGGGCAUCCUCCCGCCCAUAGUCCGCUAUAACUGACGUAUACGAAGGGGUCUGUGUAAGGGGAAGCAUACGUGGAACGGCCAAGUCGGGCAAAAACAAACUGUCCGGUGUAUAGAACAGCUGUGCUGGUUGUUAACUUAUAGGAUUUUAUUUUGUAAGUAAGUCAAAAAAGCAAACCAAAAAGGCUGCGUUCGCAUGGCCACGUUUGGGGGCCAGCGCAGCACCACCACUACCACCACCAAACAGGUGCCGUGGAGUUUUCCUAAAGAGGAAAUAGACAGCGUUUGUUACACAUACAGGACUGGAAUGCAUAAAACAGAGAGUUGCUUUCCAGCGUGUAAAACAGCCAAAAAAAACAUAUUAAAAAAUGCUAAAACAAACUUGCACUUAAACAACAUAACUGGAUGACCAUCCGCCCUCCCCGUAUUUUUCUUUUUUAGCCAAGUUGUGACAGAAAAAAGCCAAUUUCAUCACAAACCCCCCUCGUCAUGUGUCUGGGGAGGCGCUGCGGGGGAUGCUGUGGGCCCUCCGCCACACACUAACAUCCAGGUGUCAGGCCAGUAAACAGGCCAAUCAGACUGCCGCCUUUAGGCAGGACAGCCACUACAACAACCACGCCCACAGCGGACUGGCGGCUCAACUCGCCAUCCGAUGCGCUGUAACCAGCACCAGGGACAGCAAAGUGACGUGUUUUGCAGCGCGGAAACGGCCUUUGCAUAAAAUGCGACAAACUCGGGCGCGGAUACGACUUAAAGCCCGUUCUCAAAGGGUUUGGUUUUACAUUCUUUAGAAUAGAAAGGGCGUCGUCUGACGUUGUAUUACAUUAGACAUUGUGAAAUCCGGGGUUUCUGUCGUAUGACGGGUGGGUUGACUUACGGGAGUAAGCGACCAGAAUGCACCGGCUGUCGCUUUCGUGUUUGUUUUUGAAAGAGACAAUUAGAAUAGAGACGGGGGCAUUUCUCACUUGGAU